AGCAGGAGCAGUCGAGCAUCCCUCGGAUAGUGGUGGUGGAAAGCGCCUCCAGUGAAAAGGAGCGCUUACUGGCGAUGUGCGAUGAUCGUUGUUGACCCUACAUGAUACAAUGUCUUUACAAUCUUUUUUGUCUUUUCAUGUGUUGUUUCUUUUCUCUAUAUACCCAAUGUAACAUACCAAGAAUUUUCAUGACCACUUUUCCGAACUUAACCCUCGAACGUAGACCUGUUAAGGUCUCGCUCUGUCAACAAUCAAGGCCGGCUGGCCCAAUGGCAAGGCGCUUGACUACGAAUCAAGAGAUUGCAGGUUCGAUCCCUGCGUCGGUCAAUUUUUUGUGUUUUGCGCCUGUUGGCGAGUGAUUGUGGUGCUGUGAAAAGUUCUUCACCUGGGUGGCUCCACUAUCCGAAUCAGCCUUACAGCCGAGUGUGGAUCCGUAUCUAUUUUAAGCA